AUGUCGAGAAAAUUUCAAUCGAUUGUGGACGAAAUGCACAUUGAAAACAUACCCAUGGUUUCUCCCAUUGUUACCAUCUCUCCGGUCUCUGAAAGCUCCAAGUAUUAUGAAAAGCAUGGGUUGAGAAUUGAGGGUGAUGGGCAGGAUCAUACCCAAUACAAUACCGGAGCUAUUGCUUUUAAAAUGACGAUACUGGGUUGCGCAUUUGCUUUGGCCGGCAGCGCAAUGGUACCUCUCAUGUACCUGACGCUUGGGAGUCUCAUAGCCCUCGAGCUCAACGCCGUCGAACUUACGAUCUGGAUGUUCACCUGCAUUCUUGUGUCCCAAGGUGCACUCGCUCCCUUCAUUGGCCCUCUGGCAGACCUCUGUGGACGAAAGCCCAUCUUUCUCACUGGCUUAGUUGUGUCUAUGAUUGGUGGGAUAGCCUGUGCAUCAACGCCAAACGCUGCUGGCUUCAUCGGUGGUCAAGUCCUGCUCGGAAUUGGCAUAAUCGUCCAAGAGCUCUUAGCCAUUGCAAUUGUUGGAGAGAGUGUUCCUACGGCCAAACGUAGCUUGUAUGCGGCAAUCAUACUUUGCGCACUUGUUCCCUGGUCCCCAGGGUCGCUCUACGCUAGCUUCAUCGCCGACACUUCUUGGAGAUGGGUCGGGUUCGUGGCCGUAAUUUGGAACUUGUUGACUUUCCUAAUUAUUGCUAUCUUCUACCACCCUCCACCACGAGUCAACUCUCUAGGAUUAACUAAACGAGAAAUGGUCCGCCGGAUUGAUUUUGUCGGAGGCCUGCUGAUCACUGUAGGGCUUCUUCUCUUCCUAAUCGGAAUCAAUGGAGGCCAAGAUCACGGAUGGACUUCAGCAUAUGUCUUGACAUUUAUUACACUGGGUUUGUUUAUGGUUCUCGGUUUCGCGGUAUGGGAGAUGUUCGCUCCAUAUCCACUUUUUCCUAGGCGAAUUGUGCAUGCUCCACGACCAUUCUUCUGUAUGCUCUAUGUCAUCUUCGCCGCAGGCGUCAACUUCGUUCCUCUUGUUGCUUUCUGGCCAAUACAAUCAAUCGCAGUGUUCCAGUCAGAUCGGCACCAGACUGGUAUUGAUUGCCUGCCGAUUGGGAUGUCCAUUCUUACUGGCGCCAUUCUGUCAGCACUCCUCCUGUCGAUUAUCAAGAGAUGGGUGACUUACAUUAUGGCCUUUUUCUGUAUAGUGCAGACAGUUGGGUGCGCGUGUCUUGUUCUGAUUAAUGGAAACGACAUACGAACAGCAUUCGCCCCUAUCGUUCUGGCCUUGAUUGUCAUCACACCAGAUGAUCUGAUCGCCUCAGUCGCAGCGCUCACCGUCGGACUUCGUGCUCAAGCCCAGGUGAUUGGGCUUGCUCUCUUCUACAACCGGUUCGUAUCUGAAGUCACCGAGAACGCCUACGACACCAUUGUUCCAGCAGUUGUAGAGCUCGGCGUUUUCAACGUCAAGAAGAUUGAGGAAUUUGUGCGCGGUCUUACAGCGCAACCCAUUCGGGAGUGGACUUCCCUAGUUCCAGCGCUCUCAGACCCGUUGAAUAUUGAACUUAUCCGGCAAGCCUCCGUCGCAUGUUUUAUGAAGUCUUUGAAUAGUCUUUAUCUAAUCACGAUAGCUUUCGGAGUUACUGCUUGCAUUGCUUCCUUGUGCAUUGGAAGCGUCGUAGAAUACUUGGACAAUCAUGUCGCUGUUGUUCUAUAA